AUGGAGAUCGCUAAUGGAGGUAUCAGUGCGUUGCCACUGGAGGACAAAAUUUGCGAUGAAGAGCCUCUGGAUUCGGUGUUCAUAGACGAUAGCCGUGAAAGUGAGGAUACGAUUCAGUUUUCCGCCCGACGGCCACCAGUCAACAACUCACCGUCGAAUCGGGAGAGCAUCAGCACCACUCACAAUCAGCAGCUUAUACCAAAGCGAACUCGUGCCACAGUGUCAAUGCGUGACGAUGAGACCGAUAUGUGGGGAAGUGAGGAGGUCGAUCAUAAAGAGGAAUUCACACUUACACUUACUGACCCUGAUCAUCGAAAUGCGUUAUUGGAUCGACUGAAUACGUUCCGACGGAAUCGUGAACUUUGCGAUGUGGUAUUGUUUGUGCGUGAAAAGGAAAUUCUUGCCCAUAAGGUAUUGUGCAUAUUAAUCCAAUUACUUUAA